AUGGGCUCGAAAAGUGAGCAGCUUCUGAUUGUCGUGUCCAUUUUAGAGGGGCGUCACUUCCCGAAGAGCUCCCGCCUCAGUCUCGUGGUUCAGGCCAGUUUCGAUGGCGAGACCCUGAGCACAGACCCAACGGAGCAUCGCGAGCAGCCGCAGUUCAGCACAGAGCUGGCCUGGGAGCUGAGCCGCCGCACGCUGCACCAGCACCGGCUGCAGAGGACGCCGAUAAAGCUGCAGUGCUUCUCCGUGGACUUGCUCAGUAAAAAGAGAGAGAAUGUGGGAUACAUCGUUCUGGACCUGAGAUCUGUGCAGGAGCAGAAGCAGGAGCCUCGCUGGUUCCCGCUCCUCAGCAGUAAAUACACCAAACUGAAGCCGGCGCUGCUGCUGCGGCUGCAGCUGGAGACCGACUCCAAACCGGCUCCGGUUUCACCGGACAAGUUCAAGGCCAAGACGGCUCCUCCACGCACCGGCUCCCCGGCCCUGGAGCUGCUCCCCGACAGACUGCAGCCGCUGCUGGUGUCUGACCGCGGCUUUCACCAGAUCGGCCCCGAGGAUCUGUGCUCAGAGCUGUUCGUCCUCUCGGUCACUGUGGCCUUUGCCACAAAACUGCAGCAGCUGAUCCCCUCUGACCUGAACCUUUCCGCUGAGGGCUCAGAUUACUUCUUCUACUACACUUUACUCGGCAACGACAUCACGAGUGAACCCUUCCACAGCCUCCUCACACCCACCUUCGAGCCGGAGCGCGCCUCUGUGCGCAUCCGCAGCAACAAACAGGUCCUGCAGAGGUUCCUGCGACAGGAGAAGUGUCUGCAGAUCCACUUGUGCUGUGGGAGCCAGUCUCUGGGCAGUGCAGACGUGUCCCUGUCCCCCCUCUGCUCCCCGUCUGUGGACCUGGAGAGCAGAGCGGCCACAGUGGAAGGAGCCUUCGUCCUGAACACCCCAAAGAGGCUCAAAGCAGUGGGGAACGCAGAGCUGCCGACGGUGGGCGUGGCCGUGACGCUGAGGAGAGAGGAGGCUCCGGCGCAGUCAGAGCCAAAGGAAGCCGCCCUCAGCACUCUCCCAGAGGCUCCGGUCGUGCCUCUAGUCCCUGUGGUUCCUGUGGUCCCUCCAGUAUCUGGUCCGUCAGCUCAGCCCGAUCCCGGUCCUGGUCCAGGACUAGAGCUUGGUCCCAGGUCUCUGCUCCUGUCUCCCAUCCCCAGAGAGGCUCCUGUGUGUCGGUCUGAGAGCGAGGCGGACAGUCUGAUGGACGAGCUGCACCCAGAGAAGCCCCAGGACACAGCGCCCCCUGCAGUCUCAGAGGCCUCCUCCGUCUCUGUCUCUGCUCCUAAAGUGUCCAUCCCUCCGUCCGCUCAUCACUUCUGCUUUUCUCUGGAUCUGCGCAGCAUCGGAAACCUCAGCCUCCCUCACCCCAUCUCUGCCACUCUCAGGUACCAGUACCAGUUCUUUGGCUCAGCGGCACCUGUGAUGACGCAGCCGGUGGAGCUGAGCCGACACUCGGAGCUGCAGCCGCCUCAGUCGUUCUGUGCCUUUAACUUUGCUGCGCUGCCGCAGCAGCUGCACGACGCCUUCCACAAGGUUCCGCUGGUGGUGGAGCUGUGGCACCGCCCCCUCAGCUCCCGGGACGAGCUUAUUGGCAGAGCCUCCCUACAGCUGUCCCGCCUCCUCUCCUCACCCAGGGUCCGAGGUCAGAGGUCGUCGUCGGGGGAACAGAGCUGGAGACGGACGCACCAGGAGAGGGUCCACUUCCUGCGAGCGAACAGGCCCACAGAGAGCGCUGCUGAGCUGACGUAUGAGGCAUCUCUAGAGGAUCUGGGUUUGGUCAGAGCCACCGAGGUCGUAGUGUCCGAGUCCACUCCGAGUGAUGACCCCACCCCGCCCACAGCCCCCCCUCCCCCUGUGGCUCCCUCCGUCCCCCCCAGAGAGACCCUGGAGUACCGUGCUGCUCUGGAGCUGGAGCUUUGGAAGGAGGAGCAGGAGGACCUCUUCGACCACAAGCUGAAGCAGAAGGAGCUGAGCCACAUGCAGGCGUUAGCUCAGGAGUGGAGGAAGAGAGACCAGGAGCGAGAGGCGCUGCUGCACAAGAAGGAGCAGGAGUAUCAGCAGCUGGAGGAGCAGCUUCAGAAAACUCUGUCUGAUUUAGAAACCAGAGAGAAACGCCUGGCGGAGGCUGAACUGCAGACGCAGCGGCUGCAGAGGGAGCUCCGAGCCGAACACGCCCUGACCCUGAGCGAGCUGAAGGAGAGCGGCCGCAGACUGCAGCUGGACUGUGACCAGCGGGUGGCGCUAGAGAGGGACAAGGCCCGACUGCUGGAGGAGGAGAGGGCCAGACUCCUGCAGCAGAUGUCGGACGCAGACGCGAGGUUCAAGGCUCUGGAGAAAGAGUUCCAGGUUUACAGAGAACAACAGAACAUCAGACCUGAGUUCAGACUGCAGUCCGAGAUCAACAUGCUCUCACUGGAGAAGGUGGAGCUGGAGAGGAAGCUGGAGUCCACCACUAAGUCUAAGCUGCACUACAAGCAGCAGUGGGGCCGCGCCUUAAAGGAACUGGCUCGAUUCAAACAGAGGGAGCAGGAGAACGCCAUGUGUCGCCUGAAGAAGCAGCAGCAGGAGCUGGAGACCAUGAGGCUGAAGUUUCUGGCGUCAGAAGAACGAAACGUCACGAGUCAGGAGCGAGAAGAGCUGCAGGAGAUAAAGAACCAGAUCAACAGGUUGAAGGACGAGAGAUUAGUCCCCGCCCCCUCGCUCUCAGGCCCCGCCCCAUCACCCUCAGGCCACGCCCCUCUCGAUGAUCACAUGAGCGAUCACCUGAGCCGGCUGCUGGAGGAACGGGACACGCUGCUGCGAACCGGAGUCUACACCCACGAGGACCGCAUCAUCUCAGAGCUCAACCGGCAAAUACAGGACGCCAUGAAGGGGCACUGA